AUUGUACAAUGAAGUGUUAUUGUAUAAAUGAGAAAUUUUACUUGAUGUGAUAAAAAUAUCAGCUGAAAUUAAGAGGAAGAUGCGUGAAUUUACAUUAUUACCUCGAUUCUCAACACCUCCUGAAUGCAUGAACCAGGUGGCGAAUCAAUUACUAAAAACAAGACACAUGGGUCUCUAUGAAAUUUUAGGUUCUCUCACCUUAACUAUAAUCUAUCUUUUCUUCCCUCCUAAACAGAAAUAUAGUAACAUUUUGCUAAAUCAGAGCUGCUGAAGCCGAGAGACAGGAUUUUAGGUCUAGCAGAAGAAUGCCAUCAAACAAGGAUUGUCAGUGGAGAGCGGAAGGCAUCAAAAUAGACAUUGCAAGGCAUGAGUCUCUAAGACAAUAUUCUUGGGUUCCAGAGACCCCCACAAAGCCCAGUCCUUUGAGGCCACAACAAGUCUAUAUUAGAAGGCAGUCAAGAAACUAUCCUAGUGAGAGUUUUCUGUCAAGAGUUUUGCAGGGAAACUUUCAUUUCAAGGUCUCCACGGUUCCCUCGUAUGAAAAGAAAGAUGAUCAAAGAAAUCAAGAAAAAGAUGUUCAGGAGCCAACAAUCUCUCAUAUGGUGAAUGACAGUUGCCUGCUGCAUCAUGUUGAAAGGGCACAGAAGAACCAUAUGAACAAGCGUCAAAAUGAUGUGAUGGACUUCAAUGAAAGAGCACAGAAGAAGCCUAGAAAGAGGAAACAUAGACCCAAAGUGGUUGUUGAAGGCACACCCAUACAAAUUCCAGAACCUAAGACACCAAAGCCUGUAACUCCCAAGCAUGCUUCUUUGAAGAAAAACUUGUGUGAGGAAAUAGAGAAAAGUAAGUGUGGAAGGAAAAGGAGUCGAAAACCUGAGUCAGAUCAAAGGAAGAAAAGAAAAUAUGUUAGAAAAAGUAGCCAAAAAGCAUCAGCCACUGCAGAAAUGAGUGAGAGUGCUGAGAAGCCAAGUAUGCAGGUUUUGGAAGUUGACAUUGAAGAUCACCUGGGUAAUGAACAGGCUACAGUGGAUACUCAUCAAGUUAAAGCUUCACAGCUCAAUGAAACUCAAGCCAUCGAAAAUCACCAUGACAUUAAAGGUCGCAAAGAUUUACCUAGGAUCGAUGUCCAACGGCUUGAAGCUUGCAGCAAUCAUGAAAUUGGGAAAACAAAAUCAUGUACAAAGGUUGUCUUAAAUGAAGAGGAGAUGGAUUCUUUUGGGACAGAGAACAAUGACAAUGUUAAGCAACUUACGUAUUUAGAUAGCCAUGAUGCAGUCAACCAAGACAUAGAGAGCGAUGGUGAUGUACAUGGCCGUCACUGCAAAGCUGGGACUCUCAUUCUCUACCCAGGGUCAGUAGCUACCGCUAAAAACCAUAACCAGCCAAAAGUGGAUCUCGACAGCGAGACUUUGAGAACCUGGAAGCUACUUAUAACAAAAGAUAAUAGUGCUUGUGAAGAUAAAACAGAUGAAGAAAAGAAGAAUUGGUGGAAAGAAGAAAGGGAGGUUUUCUGCGGACGGGCAUUGGCAUUUACAAGCCAGAUUUAUGAAAUCCUAGGGGAUCGGCGCUUCAAACCAUGGAAAGGUUCAGUUGUGGACUCAGUUGUUGGAGUUUUCCUUACCCAGAAUGUGUUUGACCACAGAUCGAGCUCUGCCUAUAUGUCACUUGGUGCAAAGUUUCCUGUCCUGUCAGAAGUGGACCAUGAGAAAGGCUACCAAAAUUUUGGGACCACUGAGAGGCAAUGUUCAAUUGGAAGUACAAUCACUUCAGCUGAACCAACAUAUGAUUCAGAGGGCAACCGAUAUUUUGUCAGCGAACCUGAUGAGACCAAAUUAGACGUGAACGGGCAUUUGGAGAACAUAACAGUGUCUCUUUUCAAGACAGAAGGGAAAACUGAUGAAAGCAAAGAACAUUGUUGCGUAGCAGUCUUACAGAAGGAAGGUUCAAAUCAAGCAUCAAUCUUGAACAUGAUUGACAGCUUGAAAGAGGUCUCAAAGAUGCCAAAGUCAGAGCGUGUAGACCAUGAAAGGAUAACGUUCCUUGUUGAUAGUAUUAACAGUGCUAUUACAAAUGAAAAGGAAUUGCCACCAAAAGAUGAGCAGGAAAUGAUGGUGAUAGGCAAAUGCUGUUUGAACCCUGAGAACAGCUCACAAGCAGAUGAUGUGAUGGGAAAGAAUUGUCAGACCUAUAACAGGGAAAAAGGAGGAAAAACAAUAAAUUUCCACUCUCAAAAUAUGCUGACUAAGGACCUAGCUUAUGAUGUGGCCAACACGAAGAAGCAAAGAUGUGGAGCAAGAAAGGUGAAAACCAAGGGACAGAAAUAUUUUUCUGACAUGGCAUGUGGUAAAAUCAAGACUUAUUCAAGAAGGAACCAAAAAAAGGUUAAAAAGAAACACGCUGAACCAUUCGACUGGGAUAGUUUAAGGAGAAUGUAUGACACUGGAAGACCAAGAGGCAGUGAUCAAGCAGAUUCUGUUGACUGGGAGGCAGUAAGGUGUGCUGCACUCAGUGAGGUGGCAGAAGCCAUUAAAAGCCGUGGCCAACAAACUGUUAUUGCAAAACGAAUUAAGGACUUCUUGGACCGAGUUGUUGCACUACAUGGAAGCAUUGACCUUGAAUGGUUGCGAAAUGUUCCACCUGAUGAUGCAAAGAGAUACCUGUUGGAAAUAUAUGGAUUGGGAUUGAAAAGUGUAGAGUGUGUGAGGCUCUUGACACUUCACCAUAUUGCUUUCCCGGUUGAUACAAAUAUCGCUAGGAUUGCUGUGCGGUUAGGAUGGGUCCCGUUACAACCACUGCCAGAAGAACUGCUUAUACAUCUUCUAGAACAGUACCCUGCAAUGAAUUCUGUGCAAAAGUACCUAUGGCCACGCCUAUGCAACCUUGACCAUCAAACAUUGUAUGAACUUCAUUAUCAAAUGAUCACCUUUGGAAAGGUAUUUUGCACUAAGAAAAAACCAAAUUGCAAUUCUUGCCCAAUGAGAGGAGAGUGUAAACACUUUGCCAGUGCAUUUGCAAGCGCAAGGCUUGCCCUACCAGAGCCAUCAGACAAAAGGAUAGAGACUUCAACAAUGGUUGUAGCUGUUCAAAACCCUGCUAUUAUUGUCAAGCCGGCGCCGAUAUCCCUUCUAGAAGCUGUGCACAUUCCAAAAUUUGAACACCAAUGUUAUAAUUGUUCACCUAUCGUGCAAGAGCCAUUAGAACCAAGAUGUGAUGAAUCACCUGCAACAGCAGAAUCUGUUUGUGCAAAAUCAAUGGAAUGCGAUAUUGAAGAUUUCUUCAAGGAUGACUAUAACGAAAUUCCUUCUAUCAAACUCAACUUUGAAGAGCCUGUGACAAAUUUAAGAUAUUCCAUCGAUGAACACCAGACAAUUGUUCGAGACAGUGAUACAUCAACAGCUUUAGUUGCUCUAAGUCCAGAAGUAGCUUCCAUUCCUGUGCGCAAACUAAAGAAUGUCAGUCGCUUAAGAACAGAGCAUCAAGUCUACCAACUUCCAGAUGAGCACCCUCUUCUAGAAGGGCUAGAGAGGAGAGAUCCCGAGGAUCCAAGCCCAUAUCUUCUUGCUAUCUGGAGACCAGGUGAAACAGCAGAUUCAGUUGAACCACCACAGAAAAGAUGCAGGAAAAAGUCAGGGUUUUGCAAUGAUCAUACAUGUUUUUCUUGUUGCUGUAGACGAGAACAAAACUCUAAUACCAUUCGUGGAACAAUUUUGAUACCUUGUCGUACAGAAAUGAGAGCAAGUUUCCCACUUAAUGGAACAUACUUUCAAGUUAAUGAGGUAUUUGCUGACCAUGAAACAAGUCUAAACCCGAUCACUAUUCCAAGGAAAUGGAUUUGGAACUUAGAAAAGCGGACUGUGUACUUCGGAACCUCAAUAUCAUCAGUGACCAGAGGCUUAUCAUCAUCAGAAAUUCAGUACAGCUUUUGGAAAGCACGGAUGUCUUUGAGUAAGAUGCUAGCAGCGAGAAUCAAGGAAGGAAUUUUUUGGAGGGCUUUGAGAUUGCAUCAUGGAUAAUUGGCUUUUGUCAAUGGAUGUGAUAUGUGUACUAAUUUUCAUGAGAGCAUUAGCUCCUCUUUAGCAUUUUCUCGUGGAUUGCACCUUCUUGGUGCAUCCCUUCAAUAAAAUCUCUAUCACUAAAAAAAAGCAAAGUAGACGUAUUGCUUUUCUCUCCUCCCUAUUCCUAGGGUGAUUGCAACUAGAUUGAAGAACAUCUAAAACCAAUUUUUUCAGGGUGAUUUCCAAGAGGGAAAGGAAGUACCACCGGAUUCUUUACCCUAUUAGUGUUGCUUGAAAGAUGGCUUCGGAGAUUUCAAAGGAUGUUUAAUAUGUAAUCAUACUUGGGAAACUGGAAGCUCGCCCUCAUCUGCUUUCCUUCAUAUGGGAUGGAGGUCCGCGAAUAGGUGCUAUCUUUUGCAAGGAAAAGGAGGAAAAACCCGCCAUUUGCUUCUGUACGGAGAGUGGUACAAAAGCUUAUGCUGACGGAAACUAGGAAGUUGACUAUUUUAAUAGUUAUACAUUAUUCUAACACUUCACUUGUGAGCUAGGGUUUAGUACCUCUCUAGUAAGGGUUGGAUCACUAAUAUGCCAAGAGGCUCUCAUGUCAUUGGGCUUUGGAAUGAAGGUUUGGUCUGACUGGUUUGCUCUCACCUGCCAGAAAUGGGGAUUCUAUUAGCUUCUGGGAGAAUCGAUGGAUAGCCAACUUUUCCUUAAAAUUGUUCUUCCCUGAUAUUUACAUCUUGGCAACCAACAAGGAAGCAACCCUCAGGGAGUCGAUCAUCUUAUACUCUUAUCUGACUCUGGU